AUCUACUCUGAUUAUAUUAUAUAACAUUAUAUUAUAUUACAUUAUAUUACAUUAUAUAAUAUUGCAUUAUAUAUUAUGUUAUAUUACAUUAUAUUAUAUUAUAAUAUAUAACAUUGCAUUAUAUAUUACAUUAUAUUACAUUACAUUACAUUAUGUUAUAUUGUAUUACAUUAUAUUAUAUUAUAUUAUAUUAUAUUAUAUUAUAUUAUAUUACAUUACAUUAUAUUAUAUUAUAUUAUAUUAAAUUAUAUUAGCAGGCCAAAAGAGCAGUCUACUCCUCCUCAAUAAAAUAAAUUCCUCCUCGUCUUCAGUCACAGUAAAUGGAUUGUGUUUUGAGUUUAUUAAUCCAUCCAUCUUCUAUACCGCUUUAUCCUUUUCAGGGUCGCAGGGGAACCUGGAGUCUAUCCCAGGGAGCAUGGGGCACAAGGCGGGGUACACCCUGGACAGGGUGCCAAUCCAUCGCAGGGCACACUCACAUACACACUCACACACCCAUUCAUACACUACGGACACUUUAGACACACCAAUCAGUCUACCACGCAUGUCUUUGGACUGGGGGAAGAAACCGGAGUACCCGGAGGAAACCCCCACAGCACGGGGAGAACAUGCAAACUCCGCCCACACAGGGCCACGGUGGGAAUCGAACCCCCGACCCUGGAGGUGUGAAUCACCGUGCGCCCGAGUUUAUUAAUGUGAAACAAAAUCUAUCGAUGUGUUCCACUUGCCUAACAUUAGACAGUUUUACAGCGAACGUAUCGUUAACGUAUUUAUCAGGGACGCCACCGAAAGACUUUGAUUUUGACCCAGAAAGAUUCAAUAGUCCAACAACAAAAUGUCAGGAAGUCCGAAGCGUCGGACGCAUCGAAACACUUUGAGCAGUAGAUCAGAAGUGAAAAGACUGAAAAGUGAUCCAGACUGCUGGGACUACGGCUGCUCCUAACGCCAAACAGACUUCAUAUAAAUCCAUAAUGAACUUUUUCACACUAUCCGUCGUUCCCCAGAUGAGGACGGGUUCCUUCUGAGUCGGGUUCCUCUCGAGGUUUCUUCCUCUUAAAACAUCUUAGAGAGUUUUUCCUCGCCACCGUCGCCACUCGGUGGCUUGCUCAGUUGGGAUAAAUUCACACCUUUAAUAUCUGUACACCGUGUUGAUGUUUCUGUAAAGCUGCUUUGAGACAAUGUCUAUCGUAAAAAGCGCUAUACAAAUAAAACUGAAUUGAAUUGAAUUGAAAAAUGUCGGUCAAAUGUGGUUGGGAAAUGGGUAAGCAUUUCCCAACCACACAGCUGAUGAUAUGAUUACAUCCUGGAGGGAACACCAUCCGUCACACCGUACUGUUCACACGCUCAUUCACACGCUCAUUGAUACACAGUGGAAUGUUUUGGCUUUUGGCAGGUAGGAGGAACCUGGAGAACCCGGAGGAAACCUGUGCAUGUGAAAGAAAAGCGAAACUCCAUACAGACAAAACCCCGAGCCGUGAGGUGGCAACGUGACGCUCUGAGCCACCGCUGUGACGCCGUGGCCACGCGUACAUCUUUCUUCAUUUGACCGAAAACGAAUCGCAGACAACGUUCACUGCCUUCUUAAUUAUUCAUUAUUUGCAGCCUGUCGUUUUACAGAGAAAACAGACACCGAGAGCACUCGCAACCAUGUGAUCAUUGAUCACGAUAUCGAUAUCAGAGUGAUAUAUCGCCCAGCCAUAACCUCACACAAUAUCCACAUCGUGAUACACUUUAAAUACCGACCGACUGAAAUAUGGCGUCAGUCUUUCAAUCAGAUUUGUAAAAUGUUAAUAUUUUUGAGACAUUUUUAUUUAUUUAUUUAUUUUUAGUUCGUGUUAGUCAAUGUUUUAUUUAAUGCCACACGCUGAGAUCCCGUGAUACAUCCUGAACCGCAGAAGUGCCUUCGACACUCGCGAUGCGGUAUUCCUGUCACAUCGCCCUCCUCUAAGCUCAUCUUCGAGACUUUGUUUUUUCCGCUCCUUUUUUCCCCCCCAGGUCAUUACCCGUAAAAGAAAGAGACAACGAAAAGUCCUCGCGAUAAGAGCUCGGUGGAAUUCCCUGUGUGUUUGGGUGAAAGUUGUAGUAAUAGCACUUAUAAUGUGGACCAAGUAAACACCAUUCCUUCCCUUUUAAUUUUGUGAACUUUGCUCAAGUCUGAGAGGAAUCUCUGACUUCCCCUGCUACAUUUUCCCUGAUUCACGUGUAUGUGUUGGCGUGUGUGUGUGAGUGUGUGUGUGUGUGUGUGUGUAUUUAACCCCAAUCUUCAUCUACCUACUUGCGUAAUUAUUAUUUCACUUCCUCAUUCUCUAUAGCAUCGCCUCUGACAUGUGUUUGAGAAUAUAAUACAUUUAAAAAAAAAAAAAAAAAAAAAACAUACUUCAUUGGACCAUAAUUAUCUGUGAGAUGAAAAAGAUACUGAAUCUGUAGAAAUAGUAUGACUUACCUAAAACUGAUUCUCACUGACGCCAUUUUGCCUGAAAGCUUCAUUCGAUCUCUGUAAGUUUUGCUACACGUGUGUAACCGGCGCUACGUCGCUUCCUAACCAAUUCAUUAGAAGUAAGUAACCAAUGUUGACCUAGAAUUAGCUACAAUUUGACUUGCUGGAGUCGAUGCUAGUCUAACCCGGUAUUAGCAAAGAAAGCAUGCUAACAGCUACGUAAAUAUAGCCGGUUAACGUUCUGCAAUUCGUGAAACGUGCCUCAACAUGCUUUUAGAUGGAGUUCAUGCCUUCUAGGGAGGUAAAGGAGACGCCUCGUUUUAUUAAAACCAGUCUUUACACCAGAUCAGAGCGGAGGAUGAAUUGAUUAACGGGUUCUGGAUCGGUUUUUUCUACAUUGAUGAAUUCGAGCUCACGUGAUUGAUGUAUAGAGUAAAGUCAUGAUCUGGAUAAGAGACGAAGAGACCUUUAAGAUGAAUUCGAGCUCAUGUGAUUGAUGUAUAGAGUAAAGUCAUGAGCUGGAUAAGAGACGAAGAGACCUUUAAGAUGAAUUCGAGCUCAUGUGAUUGAUGUAUAGAGUAAAGUCAUGAGCUGGAUAAGAGACGAAGAGACCUUUAAGAUUUGUAGCGAGUCCUUAUAAACAAGGUCUAAAUAAUAAAUGUACACAAAUUCGAUUUCCAUAACACUCAAGUGAAGUAUCUAAAUAAUACUUCAUUGUAGCAGUGACGAUGUAUAUUUGAUGGUGACCAGGACUGGUACUUUUUUACUCUAAAAGCCUCUGUGCACAAAGUAAUUAGGUCAGAUGUGUAAACUUUCCAAAAGGUCGCCGGUGUUUGGUUUUUAUCAAUGCCUUUUGUCAAUGCGUUUACAGUUCCUCAUUAGCUGGUACAUUGUCCUGUGCUGGGAAUUUUUUUUCUUCUGUCUCACCUGCCUAUAAAGUCUCCUGAGUUCAGUCAGUUGUUCAUUGUGAGCACAGCCUCAGAAACUUCAUCGCGCUUAGACACGACCCAAAAAACCAAAAAACAAACAAACCAAGAGAAGAAGAUGAAUUUGUUUUGCAUCAUUGCCUUGCAUCUAACCCUUCUUCAUGUCGGGGAAGGCAGUACACUGCGGGUUGUCAAGCCAAACGUUAUUGCUUUGGAAGUAAGCGGAAACCCGAUGGAACAAAAGACCAGAGUUGCGCUGAGUUGUGGCGAUGAGUUCGAAGGCACUGAGAUCCACUGGCGGAAAAAUCAACAUAACAUCCCCACCAAGGGUAACAGUAUAGAAGUGACCAUCGAGGCGAUGCUGGGAGGAAACUUCACCUGCCACGCCGCAUCGGGAGACGUUCUGAACCACACGCUGGUGCUGGUCAGUCCACUCGACUUUGAGAAGGCCAUUCUGCUACGAAACAAUAACAAAGAGUACAUUACAUGCAUAGCGAGAAACUACAGUGGCCCGUUCCACUGCUCUUGGAAAUGGGAUCCCAUAAGGAACGGCGUCGUGGUGUUUUUCACAGCUUUCCGGAACUCGAGCGCUAUCAACUGCUCCCUGGACGCUGAUAGCGGCGGGCUGACUUGUGAGGAUCUGCAGUGUCCCUUCUCCGAGGAGGUGACUCGCAUUAACCUCACCUUGCUGGUCCGAAACCAGUACCGCUUAGAAGAGCACCAAAGGGCGUUCUUCAUCCAUGAUAUAAUCAAGCCGGGAAAGGUCGACAUCACCAAGGCCGAGAACAACGAGUUUGAGUGGGAAGUCCCCAAAACGUGGAACUCACCGUGUACGUUCUUCCCGCUGCGGUACGAAGUGAAAGUGAUGUCACAUCGCAAGGACUGUGAUGACACAUCACAUGACAACGGAGGAAACCAUCCAGAUAGCCAUUACAUCAGCGAAACCCGUUAUGCGGUCUCCGGCAAGAGGAGUUAUACGUUCUGCGUGAGAGCUCAGGACUCCUUCACCAAUAAAGUCUGGGGAGACUGGAGCCAGCACAGGGUCAUCAAACAAAAAUCGAAAAAAUGAAAGGGCAAGAAGAAAACAUCCCACUUCCGUCCACUAUACAUCCUGCUUGUUUUUACAGUAUGACAGCUGUGGAUCUGUGCGUGUUGUGGUGGUGUGAUAUUGUUUUAUUCCUGUUAUACUACAGCAAUUCACCAGUAUUUAUUAUUUAUUAAAGAAUGACACUUCA